AUGAACUUUAUAUCUAAAACAAUGAUACUUUCAUUAUCAAUAUUGUUGAUUCUACCAAGAACAUCGUAUUCGCUAUAUCAAAAGCCUAUAAAUCAUAUCAAUACAAUUACUUUUAUAUCUAAAAGUUUUGAAAUGGGACCAGGAUCAAUUGCAGCAAGAACAUUUAUGAAUAUAGAAUUUCCGAAAGGUCAUAUUGGAAUUAAGAGUUUUGAUGCUGAAUUAGUUGAUCAAGAAGGAAACUCUAUACCUUCUUAUGAAACUUACCUUCACCAUUGGUUUGCAAUAAAGUAUAUUGAAAAUUUUACUAUGUCAUGCAAUCCUAAACUUGUUCAUAGUGAGGAUUUAAUUUUCCAAAGAAAUGAAGGCCCAUGUAAUGGAUUUAUUCUUCCACAUUAUUGGGGAUUUGGAGUUGAAUCACGAGGAACAACCUCAAACAUUCCUGAUCCUUUUGCAAUAGAAUUGGGUAACCCUUUAAAAGUUCCAAACGGAUAUGAAGAGAAAUGGUUACUCAACAUCAUGGCCAUUGAUAUACGUGGUGCACAAGAUAAGAAAGGUUGCACUCAAUGUAGAUGUGACCUUCUAAGUCUUCCAAAGAAUUUUUAUAAUGUCACAAGGGAUAUUCAUAACCAACCAUUGACUACAAAUUAUAAAGGAGGACUUUUUUGUUGUCAAGAUAAUGUGCAAUGCAAGCUAAGUGAGGGUUUCCAAGGUUCAAGGAGAAAUAUUUCCUUAAGAUACAAAAUAAGUUGGGUGGAUUGGAGUGAAUAUCAAGUACCAGUUAAGGUUUAUAUACUUGAUUCAACUGAUAAAGUGAGUUCAAAUGGUUCCAAAGCAAUUCAUGAUUGUCAGUACACCAUUCCAAAAAUUUUUGGGAGUGAUUUUCCUAAUGUACAAAAGGCAAACAUCCCAAUGGAAAAAGGAGGUUAUCUCAUCUAUGCAACCGCUCAUAUGCAUUCUGGUGUGGUGAAUGCAACUUUAUACGGACAGGAUGGAAGGACUCUGUGUACUUCAACACCAAAAUAUGGAACGGGAAAAGAGGCAGGAAAUGAGAAAGGUUAUCUCGUUGGAAUGUCUGUUUGUUAUCCACAACCAGGUUCUAUCAAGAUUAAUGAUGGUGAAACUUUGACUCUAGAAUCAAGAUAUGAAAAUGAGUUUCGUACAGGAGCUAUGGGACAUUUUUACAUUUAUUUGGCAGAG